AUGGUUGAUCGCGUCCGCUUUCCUCAUUUCUUCGAGUCAUAUCGCAAUCACCUCAAGCCAUACGAGCUAUCGGACAGUGAAUACAUUCCUCCAUCGCAUACGCCUACCCCAGGCUCAUCGGAUUGCCCCCACUCCGUCAGCUCUAGUCCGCCCAGCGAGAUAUCAAGCCUGGAACUAUUCGGCCUUGAGGCGCGGUCUCUCGAGCUGUCAAACCGCACACCUUCCAUCCACUCAAUUCGCUCAAGUGGCUCGUCAAGUGCCGAAUUCUUUAGCACUGAAGAGCCCUGA